UGUGACGUCAUCGCCGCGCUGUUUGUUCUUCCCCCGAUCAGAGCUCGAGCUGUCAGCGUGAAGAACCGCAACCAGAAAAAACAAUAACAAAGAAGUCCGUAAACAAAACGCGCACGGGUUUUGCAAAGACAGGCUCUCGGUGCAACGGUUCGCGACCCUUUUAACCCCGUGAGUGUGUAGCUGCAGCGGUGGAAACGCGUGUGAAAGUGAAACAUGGCUGGACUGAUGGACGGGUUCGGUUGCUUCACGCACGCCGUGGUUCGCGGGAUCCCGCAGUCUCUGGCGAGAGAAGCGCUCAGGAGCGGCAGUCUGGAGGUGGACCUGCUCAAAGCGCAGGAGGAACAUAAUGAGUAUGUGUCGGUGUUGAAGCACCGGCUCGAGCUGGAGGUGAUCGAGCUGCCCGCGGAUGAGACGCUGCCGGACUGCGUGUUUGUGGAGGAUGUUGCGGUGGUGUGCGGUGACACGGCGCUCAUCACCAGACUCGGAGCUGAAAGUAGACGAAAAGAGACGGAAGCCAUGAAGAGAGCAUUGAUUGAGCUCGGCCUGAAUAUUGUCGAGAUGGCCGAUGAAUCCGCCACGCUGGACGGAGGAGACGUCCUGUUCACAGGUCGCGAGUUUUUCGUGGGAUUAUCCAAGAGGACCAAUCAGAGAGGAGCAGAGAUUCUGGCCGACACGUUUAAGGACUAUGCCGUGUCCACGGUCCCGGUUCUGGACAGACUUCAUCUGAAGAGUUUCUGCAGCAUGGCCGGACCGGGUCUCAUUGCGAUCGACUCGAGCGAACCUGCCCAGAAGGCCUUGAAGAUCAUGCAGCAGAUGAGUGAUCAUAAAUAUGAUAAGCUCACAGUUCCUGAUGAUUUGGCGGCAAACUGUGUCUACAUGAAUCUGCCCGGGAAAGGUCACGUGCUGCUACACUGCUCACCGGAGGAGUAUCCUGAGAGCGCCAAGGUGUUUGAGAAACUGAAGGAUCACAUGCUCAUCCCAGUGUCCAGUCGGGAGAAGGAGAAGGUGGAUGGAUCUCUGACCUGCUGCUCUGUGCUCAUCAACAAGAGGAACAAGAUCUGACCGACCCGAGACACGCUGACCUCCUCGCCUUUAUGAGCGUCACACUGAAAGCCAUAUACAAUACUGUAUUUGUACCACUAGAGGGCUCUUAUUGUAGGACAUGCCAGUGGGUCUCAUUCAUGAAACACCAGCAGAACAAAUUUCUGUGUAAAUCUCUAAAAAAAAAAUAAAAAAAAAACGUUUUUGGGUUCAGUUGAAUGCAACAAUGGUUAUGUGGUUUGAGAGUGAUGUGAAAAUGUCAUGUGACAAUGACAAAUUUAUGUAAAAUAGUUCAAAAAUUUUUAAAGGUGCUAUAAGCGAUUUUUUUUUUUUAUUUAGCAAAAUGCUAAAUGUUUUCCUACUCCCUAAAAGAUAUUACUGAAAUAAGUGUCGUGAGAUAUCUCACCAGUCUCUAUGACAGCUCUAGACUCUAGUCUCUGACGCUUUUGACCUGUCAAUCAUUUUGCACGUUCUCAUAGUGUUGUAGCUGCAGUGAAUUAUUGAGGCUUAAUGCCAUUUUUAUGCCAUGUUGUUAAUAACAGUUGUCAGUUGAGGGCGCUAUUUUGCUGCUGUUGUUUUUAACAACCGUUUCUGCACGAUGUCGGUCUCAAUAAAGCUCAUUUGGUAUCUUUAGAGGGCGGGGUUUUGGAAAGAGGGGGCAUGGCUAAUCCAUCGGCUCAGUCUCGUGGAAGUAGAACAGCUAAAAUCGCUUACAGCACUUUAAAUGCGACAGUUUAUGUAAUUUAACAGUAAUGUGACAAUAUAAAGUGACAACAACAAAUUUAUGUAUAAAUUGUUCGAAAAACCAUUCAUGGUUGAAUUAUGACAUUUACAUACCAAGGGCGUAGCCAGAAAAUUACUUUUGGGUGGGCUUCGAUAAAAAUGGAUGAGCCAAGUUUUCGCCCAAUUGUUUUUGUUUAACCAACAUUUCCUUAAAACAGAGAAGUGGCGCAUUCAAAAAGUUCUUUCACACUCUCAGAAAUCAGAAUUUAUGCAUUUUUAGACUAUUUUAUAAAUAUAUAUUUGAAGUCAAAGAAUAAUCUCUAAUAUUCUGGGUGGGCCUGGGUCUAUUCUGGGGGGUCCAGGCCCACCACGGCCCACCCUUGACUACGCCACUGUCACAUACAUGACUGUUUUACAUGACAUUUGAAAUAAAUGGCAUUAUUCUCUACUUUUGACAUCAAACCGUGAAGAGAUGUGCGCUCAACACGUACGCACAUUAGAUGAGCUGGUAAGAAUAGCGGGUAAAGUGUUUACAUGGCACGCGAAAUCGGCGUAAUGGGCUAAAAUCCACCCAUGUCGAUCAGGUUAUUCAUAAGCCAUUUAUGGCCUUUAUGCCAAUAAAGGAACGCGGUUUAUUGCGUUUACAUGACCGCACGUGUUGUUGGCUUAUUAAAGAUAUUCAGUGUAAUGACGUGCAUGUAAACACACUCACUGACAAAGUUCUGUGUAAAUCGAUCGGAAAUCCAUUUUUGGCUGAAUUAAAUGCGGCAAUUUAUGUAAUACUUUAUUAGAGUAAUGCGACAAUUUAAUGUGACAAUGACAAAUUUAUGUAAAAUCGUUCUAAAAAAAUUUUGGUUGAGUUGAAUGUGACAAUUUACGUAAUUUAAGGGUAAUGCAACAAUAUAGUGUGACAAUGAAAUCGUUUGUAACACCAUUCUUAUGUAAAUUGUUGCAUUCAUUCUGCUUGCGUUUCAUAACUGAAACCCACUGUGUGUGUUAUUUUCCCGAUUUUCUUUUAACAAUCAUGAACAACAAUCAAGUAAAAUGAAUCAGUUUGUGUCAGAUGAAGAGAAAGAAUAUAUAAAAACACAUUUCAACUCAAUAUAUGAUGAGGGCUGACAUUUGUAAUUUAGUUUUCUAAUAUUCAUGGGAUAUUUCUCUCUACAUCAGAAGGUAAAAGAGUUGACAUCUACUGUCAGGUUCUUGUGCACAAUUCCAGCAUUUGUUGAGCCCUGUAAGUUUUAGGUCUUCUUCAAGGGCUACGGCAGUAUUUGUACACACUACCGUGUUAUACAAUUGUGUCUUUGUACCACUGAGCUAAAUACAUCACCUUUAAGUUCAUUCAUUCUUUUAGGUUUGAACAUUCAUAACGCAAAGCAAGUGCCUAUUGUAUUCGCAGCUUUGCCACAAGGGGGCGCUAUAUUGGACUUUAUUGGAAACUGUCAACUACACUUGCAGUGCGUUGGCCAAGUAUUCGCACCUUUAUGUGGAUUUCCGAAACGGUAGGAGUCAUUCAUAUUUAUAAGUAAAGUGCUACCUGUUUUGUUAGGGUUAGAUUUAGAGUUGUGGGUUAGGUGUUGGGUCAUAGUUUCUCCAGCCAAUAAGGUAGCGUUUUUCUGAUGAAUAUUACUGAAUCAUCCAAUCAGGUAUUGCUUUCCUGAUGAAUAGAAAUAACUCUUCCCCUGCCAUCCCACGUUUCGGAAAAUCAUCGCCAAGUAUGUGUCUGGUACUCUCAGCUCCAUUCAAUGCAUUUCUACCAUGCUUACAUCUAUUCUACAGAAUUUGACAGAUUUCCCCCAAAAUCAUUGCGGAAAGUUUCCAUAUUCCGUUUGGGCCUGGCUUUGAUGAACUCAAUUAAGACACCGUUCCAAUCACAUCUUCUACAAAAUAAGCAGUUAACCCUCCUAUGGUUUUCAAAAAUGACACCUUCCUUUGGUAUUCACGGUCAUUUUUGACCGGAAGGUUUAGAUGUGUACCCUUUUUUAUGAUGACGAUAAUAAUGAUACCAUUUCUUCUUAUCUGAAGUAAGAACAAUAAAAUUAAGCAUUGCUUUUGGGAUUUUCUUUUCUUUUAAUUUGCAUAUACAAAUAAGCUCAUUUUUGAAAAAUAUGCGUUUGUUCGUACAGUAUAAAAAUCAUUAUGUCUAUGGAGAGUCCUCAUAAGGAUAGCUGCACCAACAUAAAAAAAAGUAAAAACAAAAUGCUCUGUUUGUUGGUCUUUCCCAUUCAUUUUUAGUGGUCGGUCAAUUUUGACCGCAAAUACCAAAGGUGUUUUUUUUUUCUUUUCGACCACUUAGACAUCAAAUCAAGCCCAAUUUUUUAUUUAUUUAUUUUAUUUUCAGAUGGAAAAUGGAGGAAAGUCACUAAGUCUUGCACUGCUCAGAUAAAGGAAACCAUUUAUAUUAAAUAAAAAAAAAUUAUUUUGGUCAAAAAUGACCGAAUACCAUAGGAGGGUUAAACAAAAACAAAUCAUUAUUACAGUGAUGUCCACAUCAACACCGAACCCUGUGAGUCUUUCAAAUAAAUUACAAAUAUUUGGAUAAAGUUUUAAAGCGCGGUUACAUUUACCUUAGCACGGAAAUUCGCAGCCGAAAUACAAUAAUCUCAAUAGGAAUCAGGAGAAUUCCCUCUGUGAAUUUCGUGGUUUCACACUCGCUUCACAUCCACCCACGCCGCCUUCACCGUGGAAAUGUGACCAUGUCUUGCCUACAGUGGAUCCUGUUGUCCACUAGAGGCAGGAUAAACCAAAUGAAUUUGUCGUAAUUUGUGAACUUUUUAACUCUUAAGACAUGUGAAUAUGAAAAUCUUUGAUCUUUCUCACAGUCACAGGACUAUAACACAAGCUAGUGACCUGUUUCGCGCUUGAAUCUCUCUCUGCCUUACACUUAAUUUUCUUAAACGUUUCUCUUCGCCAGAACGUGGAAUCCAACUUUAACGUACAAACUCUGUUGUAAUGCCUCAGUUAGUUGAUGGAGGAUUUCGAAGGAAGAGACACAAACGGAGACCUGUGAAACAGAAUUUAGAGCUGUUCCAACACUUUUACGAUGUCGAUUGAUAAACACCUGACGCCUUUUAUAAAAAGUGAAUCAAAGAGGCCUGCAGGCCCAUCCUCCUUAUGUAAAAUCAGUCUCAUUCUCUUGGAUGCUUUGCACAAUAUGUUAUCUUUAUUCCUCUGCCAGGAAAAGACACUUGUAAAUUCAUGAAAAACCUUCCAGUGUCUCAGCAAACCAUGUUUACUAGUUUAACAAACUGCUCAUCCAGAAAGAAUUUUCCCAGUGUUCAUCUGCCGAAGGUUUUCAUACCAAAACACAUUCAUUCUGAGGUCUGUCAUCAUCCUGAAACAGAACCCAUCUCAGGUCUUCAAUCUUCUCUUUUUUUCACUCUUGCGUUCUCUAUAAAUUAACGAUUGCUGAGGCGACACAUUUCUCCAGUCCUCUUUCACUUUCAUUGUAUGGUCAUACAGGUUUGGAAGGAUAUGUGCCGAGUACAUUAUGACCGAAUUUUCAUUUCUGGGUGAAUUAGCCAUUUAAAUGUUUAUAUUUGAAGAAACUAGAUUUGUAUGUGCCAUAAUUCUGUUUAGAUCCCGAUAACACUGUGUCUUUUGACCUUUUGUAAUGUUUUUGUUGAAAUAAAGCAGGUUUUGAAUGGGUA